ACGCCAGCGGGAGAAAGCUACUCGCAAGCAGAUACACAAAGGGAGUGGAAGGACCUGCAGCAAUGGGAAUCAAACUGUACUACACCACCGUUACGGCCUCACGGACGGUGAAGUCUCAACAGGCAGAAGUGAUGCGAAUCCUUGAAAGCAAAAAAAUCCAGUACGAGCUCAUCGACAUCUCUGUGGGCGGGGAGCUUCGUAACGAAAUGAAGAACAAAAUUGGGAAUCCCACGGCAGUCCCUCCCCAGCUUUUCAAUGAAGACCAGUACUGUGGGGAUUAUGAAAUGUUUGCCGAGGCGGUGGAAGCAGACACAGUGGACCAAUUUCUGAAGCUGGCGUGAGAAAUGCGGAGUAUACUUCUCCAUCUUAACCCUGUUCCCCCAACCACCCACCCACCUUGUGCCCUGAUGGAGGCCCUUUAUUCAGUCUCUCUCUCUUUCUCUUUCUCUGCACCACAGGCAGUAUCCACUCACUUUCAAUGCCAUAAUGAAGAAUGCCAAAUAUCCUGUAUCUAACCAAUCAGAAGACACACAUUCCCCCUACUGCACCAUUACACUCAGUCUUAAUCUGUUUUACUCCCUUUUUGUCUCUCUUCUUUCCUUUUGAUUUCUUCCAGACGUGUUCCCUGUCUGACACGCUCGUGUUAAUAAGUGCUCCUACUCCGCUAGGAAUCAAUGAGGUGUCUAAAUGUGCGGCAAUUAGGUCGACUAAUCUUGGCCGCGGCCACAUGAUCGCUGGAGAUUAAACUAAUCCACUGGAUGACAGCAUUCAACCCAGAAUCUUCCUGAUCCUCUGCAGACCAAACAAACCAUCAUCACUCAGUCUUAAGUACUCUGUCGUCUUUUUUUGUAGCCUUCAAGUUCCCAUGUUGUACAUGGCUGUACACUUUUUGUACUUCACAUGGAUGCAAAUGCACAUGGAAGUAGCAAGGGCUGUAUGGUCCUUAAACCCAAUUAAUUAGGAGUUAUACAUGCCUUUUUGGCAUGGGCAACUUUUUGGUAAUUUUGGUCCAUUGGUCACCGUAUGAACAUAUAAAAAGAGGCUUGGUUCUGAGGUGGGAUCCCACUGUUUGGAGGGGCGAUAAUGCCACCAGAACUCAAAAAGUAAAUAUUAAAGGAGAACUUCACCCUGGAAAUAAUUAUUUGUAUAUCAAAAACUCGCCCUGUAUUAUGCUGAAUUCGGGAAGAAAACGUUGUUUUUUUCUUGAAUGUCUCCAUGGUGAACAUGGAGACAUUCAACAAACUUAAACUUCAGCAAACAACAAACUUAAAAAAUUCUUAAUGAACUGAAGUCAUAGGGGUCCAUGAUUAAAUAACAGCAAAACUAUAUAAAAACAUCUGUUUACAAACUCACACAACUCCUGCAAUAUAAUCCAAGUCUUAUCUAGAUGAUACUAAGGACUUCCGAAAAACGCAAAAAAAAAAAAUAUAUAUAUAUAUAUAUUUUUAGUCUGUGGACUGUAAUUUGUGUAAUUUAUUUGAUUUUUUUCUUUUUGCAUUGCAGUCAUCUAAUGCAUCUUCUUUUUUAUUUAUACUACCUUGUAAUACUACCUAAGAAUUAAGUCAGAAGUUGUAAAAUCGCACACACUGUGGCUUUAAGUAAUUAAUGGCGGCCAGUCAUAUUUGUCUUAACUUCAAAAAGCUAGUGUCUGGGCUGCCUUAAAUUAAUUUUGACUUAAUAAAAUUUGACUUUUUAAAUUCAGUCAUAUUAAAUUGACUGAAUUUGAAAAGAAACGUUCAAUCGUUACAAAAUUACCUAAACUUGUCUCUCAAAUUCAGUCAACUUAGAAUUUUGAGCCUGGACACCAGCUUUUUUUUGUAACGUUAAAACAAUUGGGGUUUUUUGUUUUUGCUUGUUAUUAAUUAAUUUUUACAGUGUACUAUAUAUAGUGCACAUGGUGGGUGUUUAAUAGGCUGAUUCUAGUAAUUUAUGGAUUGACAUUUUACAACAUGGGACAACAAAAAAAGGAUUUCCCCACCAAAAUAUUAUUCAGUGUGGAAACAUAUCUUCAUGCGAGGAAAUGAAAUUUAUUGGAGACAUAAUUCAACAGAUAAAAUAACAGCAAAAUAAACAAAAUAUGUGAAAAAUGUAUAAAUUUACAGGCCACGCCCCUGUUGGUUUUCAAGUUUCAUUCGGGAACCAAUGGUCACCAAUGGGUCAAACUUCUCAAAAAGGUUGUAAAUCAGAGGUGGAAGUUUCAGUAGUUAGCUGCUUAACGUCAGCGCCCAGUGGAGCAGGACGAACACAUUUCUUCAUUUCACAUUUGGUGCCAAUAUAUAUCUGUAAUGCGCUUUGCAGGUGGAUUUUCACUAGUAUUAGCACUUACCUGCCAUCUUCUGUUUCUCCAUUAUCUGUAUAAUUUGGAAGCUUCGAUCCCAGCACCGAUCGAUGCUCUGGAUUGUUAACUUUCAGAGCAAAAAGAUGGCAGACGUUUAGAAGCGAGCAUUUCGUACUGAUUGUGAAAGAUUCGACUGAAAUCUUUGAGCUUUCCAUUCCUUUUUUUGUUCAUUUUAUGUUACAGUUUUACUGACUGACCCGGGCAUGAAGAUGCAGUAAUGUGACUAUGCACUGAAACCUGCCUCAUUCUGAACACAGACAUAAAGGUCAAAGCUGGCGUGUUUUAAAUCUUACCAGCCUGAGGGAACACGCACCACAUGGGAAAAACGAAGGCUUUACUUAUUUGCGCUUUUACAUAUGUGCAUUCAUUCAGUUGACCAAAAUAUAAUGUUCAUGUUUUGCUUGUCUUUUUAAAAAAAAUGAAGAACAACAUGGUUUCCCCUCUCUUACUUGUAACAUGGCUCACACCCCUCAGCUUUCAGCAUUGUGUUGUUACAGUUUGGGAUCUGUAGUAAUGACAGCCUUCUCACACAAACACACACAAUGUUUGUGCACUGUUUUGUAAGUCAAUGGUUGUAGAUGUUUGCCUGCUAUUGAUGUAUAUUCACUAUGAAUCAUGUUUUAGACAUUCCAUGUCUCUAUCUGAGCUCCUGCUUUGCUUUUGGACCAAUUCCCCUUGGCCAAAAAAAGAGAAGAAAAUAGGGAAUAAAAUGCUGUUGUCUUCCAAGAAGAUUGUGAAAAAUGAUUUAUGGGUAAGAAAAUAAAAUGAAGUUGACUCUA